UCCCUCCCUCCACCUAGGCGCGGCCGCCCAUGGAGCAGAAGGCCGAGCGCGAAGGCGAGGGCGCCCCGCGGGGCCCGGUGCUGCACAUCGUGGUGGUGGGCUUCCACCACAAGAAGGGCUGCCAGGUUGAAUUCUCUUACCCGCCCCUGAUUCCAGGAGAUGGUCACGACAGUCACACUUUGCCUGAAGAAUGGAAGUAUUUACCCUUCCUUGCCUUGCCAGAUGGUGCACACAACUACCAAGAAGAUACCGUGUUUUUUCACUUGCCACCCAGAAAUGGAAAUGGAGCCACAGUAUAUGGUAUCUCUUGUUAUCGACAGAUUGAAGCCAAGGCAUUAAAAGUAAGGCAAGCAGAUAUCACCAGAGAGACAGUUCAGAAAAGUGUCUGUGUUCUAAGCAAGCUGCCUCUCUAUGGCUUACUUCAAGCAAAGCUACAACUCAUUACCCAUGCAUAUUUUGAAGAGAAGGAUUUUUCCCAAAUUUCCAUUCUGAAGGAACUUUAUGAACAUAUGAAUAGUUCCUUGGGAGGAGCUUCGUUGGAAGGAUCCCAAGUUUAUCUUGGUCUCUCUCCUCGAGACCUUGUGCUUCAUUUUCGACACAAGGUCUUAAUUCUAUUUAAAUUAAUUCUUCUGGAAAAAAAGGUUCUCUUUUAUAUUUCUCCGGUGAAUAAAUUGGUGGGUGCCCUGAUGACUGUGUUAUCCCUUUUUCCAGGCAUGAUUGAGCAUGGUCUCAGUGACUGUUCUCAGUACAGACCUCGAAAGAGUAUGUCUGAAGAUUCUGGGCCUCAACAAAGUAAUCCCCCUACAGAUGAUUUUGUUUCAGUGUCUGCUCCUGGCAUUUCAACUACUAACUUGGGAGUUAAGAAAAUCACGAUAGGAUACCAUGGAGAAGAUAAUACUGUUAUAACCGAAGAAUCUUUAUGCCACAUGGAAAACAACAACAACAAAGAACAAGAACCCAGUGAUAAUGAUACCAAUCAAUACUUGAAACUUCCUUCUCGCCCAUCCCCAGAGUCUUCAGAAAGUGACUGGGAGACAUUGGAUCCUAGUGUCUUAGAGGAUCACACCUUGAAAGAAAGAAAACAGGUGGAGUCAGAACAGACAAACUCAUUUCCAAAGGACUCAGUGCCCUCAGACAGUCCUCCAAUUACUGUACAACCUCAAGCUAAUACAGGCCAAGUGGUCCUCAUACCAGGGCUAAUUUCUGGCUUGGAAGAGGACCAGUAUGGCAUGCCUCUGGCUAUCUUCACAAAGGGAUACCUGUGUUUGCCUUACAUGGCACUUCAGCAGCACCAUCUUCUUUCUGAUGUCACUGUCCGGGGAUUUGUGGCUGGAGCUACUAACAUUCUUUUUCGACAACAGAAACACCUCAGUGAUGCCAUUGUGGAAGUAGAAGACGCUGUGGUCCAGAUCCAUGAUCCAGAACUCAGAAAGCUGCUGAGCCCCACCACUGCAGACUUAAGGUUUGCAGAUUACUUAGUGAGGCAUGUGACCGAGAACCGCGAUGACGUCUUCCUGGACGGUACAGGCUGGGAGGGAGGUGAUGAAUGGAUCCGAGCCCAGUUUGCAGUCUAUAUCCAUGCACUACUGGCUGCCACACUGCACUUAGAUAAUGAAAAGAUCUUAUCAGACUAUGGCACAACCUUUGUUACAGCAUGGAAGAACACUCACAACUACAGGAUUUGGAAUAGCAACAAGCAUCCAGCACUUGCAGAAAUAAAUCCAAACCAUCCUUUUCAAGGCCAGUACUCAGUGUCAGACAUGAGGUUAAGAUUCUCACAUUCUGUUCAAAACAGUGAACGUGGCAAAAGGAUUGGAAAUGUUAUGGUCACAACCAGCCGGAAUGUUGUACAAACCGGAAAAGCUGUUGGCCAAUCUGUUGGAGGCGCAUUUUCCAGUGCAAAGACAGCUAUGUCCUCAUGGCUCUCUACCUUCACCAGUUCCACUCCUCAGAGUCUCACUGAGCCUCGGGAGGGGAAGCCCUGAGCAUGGGGCCAGCAAGCUGCUGAUACUUCCCUAGGUUUAAGUGUUUCUUGUCUGUCCACUCUUCCCAGACUGCUCCUCUUCAUUGGCCACAGUUUCACAGCCAGAGGCCAGUGUGUCGGACUGUUUACAUGAUGGUUCCCCUCUGUUCUAAUGAAUGUCACAGGAUGCUGGAAAAAUGAAAUCACAACCAGAGCAGGACUGGCCUUUUGGUUGGGGUUCAAAUUGACUACUUUUCUUCUCAGUCUGAGCCUGAUUAAAAUAUUACACAGUGAACCUUCCAAUGAAUUUUUGAGUUCUGCUAUUGUACAUUUGUUUACUUUUAAAAAGUUUUUACUUCUGUAAAUUUUGUUAUAUUGUUUAAGUGUCCAGAUAGUCAAUAUAAUUUAUAUUUGUUAAAAUUAAGUUAUACUACUAUUUUAAAUUUCUCUAAAGCUGGUCUUCAAAUGUACUUAUAAAGUCGUGGGACCAUGCAGUCCAGCCCUUUGUUAUCAUUUUGAUCUUCUGUUUGUUGGUUUUGUUUUAUUUGGUUUUACUCACAAAACACAUUCAACAAUUUACUUCCUCCCAGAAGUGUGACCAGUCAGGGAUGGUAGUUCUGAGAUUGGCGUGUUUUAUUUCAUGUUGUUGUUUAUUCCUGAGUCCUUAAGCAUUUUCUUGAUACUCCUCAAGGAGUAUCUUUAUUCUUUCUUUCUCUUCCUAAUCAUGGGAGUAAGUUUGCAGAUAAAUCACCACAAAGGUCUGAGCACUGUUCUAGGGUUGUUGUUU